AUGAAAAGUGAGAUAUUUUUAUUUCUCAAUAUUGCAUUUUCAGUGUUCAUAGGACUUGUUAUUGGAACAAGUUCAGGAGGGGAUGGUCGUACUACUUUGUGCAUUGAGAGGGAGAGGGAAGCUCUUCUCAAGUUCAAGCAAGGUCUGAUAGAUAACUACGGUAUCCUCUCGUCAUGGGGGAGAGAAGAAGAGAAAGAAGAAUGCUGUGGUUGGAAAGGUGUGCAGUGUAGCAAUAUAACAGGUCAUGUUGUGGUUCUUGAUAUUCAUGCUCCGUCCUAUAGUCAACAUUUGAGAGGUAACAUUACUCCUUCAUUGCUUGAAUUGCAACAUCUGAAGCACCUAGACCUUAGUUACAAUAAUUUUGGUACAAGUCGAAUACCGAAUUUCAUUGGUUCUUUUCCAAGACUGGAAUAUCUUUUUCUUGAGUAUGCUAACUUGUCAGGUGAAAUUCCUCACGCUCUUGGGAAACUUACCCAUUUGCAGAUUCUUGACCUUAGCCUGAACUCCCGUCUAGUAGUGAAGAACCUUGAGUGGCUUCCUCGUCUUGUUUUUUUACUUGACCUUGACCUUUCUGGGGUUCAUAUUGAAACAGUCAAUUGGUUGCAACAAAUAAUUAAGUCCCCUUCUUUAGAACAAUUGAAUUUGGAACAUUGCAACGUCCCCGAGCCAAUCAUAUCAAUAUCUCAUCUCUCAUCCAAUGUCUCUUCCCGUUUGCUUUCCAGCCUCAACCUUGCUGAUACUGGGCUUUCCUCUUCUGCAUUUCGGUGGUUGUUCAACUUGAGUACGAGAUUUACUUCCAUAGAUCUCUCUUCUAACCAUUUAGCAGGCCGCAUCCCUGAAGCCUUUGGGUAUAUGCAACAUCUUGAGUUCAUUGACCUUGCUACAAAUAUUCUAGAAGGUGGAUUGCCCAAAUCUUUUGGCAACUUGAGUCACUUAAGAGCCCUUGAUUUAUCAACUAAUAACUUGAACCAACCACUUCCUGAAUUAUUUCUGAGCUUAUCUGGUAAAGCAGAAAAAUCACUUGAAGAAUUGCAUUUAUCUAACAAUCAUNUGGGAUUUGAAGAACUAGCCAUUCUUAAUUUAGCUAACAACAAUCUAUAUGGUAAAAUUCCCAGUUCCAUUGGUUCUUUGUCGGAUAUCCAAUCUCUACAGUUGCGGAACAACAAUUUUACUGGUGAUCUGCCUACCUCUUUGAAAAACUGCGGAAUAUUGCAAAUCUUGGACGUAGGAGGAAAUAAGCUAAGUGGAGAAAUACCAUUAUGGAUUGGCUCACACUUAACAUUCUUGGUUGUCUUAAGUUUGAGACUCAACAAGUUCAAUGGAAGCAUACCUCAAAAUUUGUGUCAUCUGAAUAAAAUCCAUAUUUUGGAUCUUUCUCAGAACAGCUUAUCUGGAGAAAUCCCCCGAUGUCUCAACAAUAUCACAUCUUUGCUUCAGAAUAAUAAUAGUUCAACCCCAAGCAUCCUUUUUGAAUUAGGUGGAGACAGUCACAAUGGCUAUUCUUAUUUUGAAGAAUACUUGGGGGAUGCAUUAGUUCAAUGGAAAAGCAGUGAAUCUGUGUACAAUAAGACACUCGGGUUGUUGAAGAUCAUCGAUUUUUCUAAUAACGAGUUAGCUGGAAAUGUUCCUGAAGAAAUCGCGCAACUGGAUGGAGUGCUUUCACUAAACCUCUCGAGAAAUAAUUUAACAGGAAAUGUAAUACAAGGAAUUGGGAAGAUGGAAAAGUUAGAGUCCCUUGAUUUGUCUGGAAAUCAGUUCACUGGUCGAAUUCCCACAAGUCUUGCUCAACUACAUUUCCUAAGUGUCUUAGACUUGUCGAGUAACAACUUAUCGGGGAAAAUUCCUUCAAGCACUCAAUUGCAGAGUUUUGAUCCUUCAUCAUAUGAAGGAAACAAUGAACUUUGUGGCCCACCACUUGCAGAAUGUCCUGAAGAUAGAAAUACUCAAAGCCUUUCUGCUGAUCAUAGCAAAAUCAACAAUCUUGAUGAAGAUGACAAGAUUCUGUCGUUUGGGUUUUAUGUAUGUGUGGCAAGUGGCUUCAUUCUUGGAUUUUGGGGAGUAAUAUUUACUUUAGCCCUCAAGCAAUCAUUUAGAGAUGCUUACUUUCAGAAGUUGACCAAUUUCGCAAACUGGAUCUUUGUGACAAUAAUAAUGUCUCUACACAGAUUGAAGAUGAUGUGGAGCUAGCGAAUAUAUCGCUAAACUUUUAUAUCUAUAUCAGUCAAUUUUGUUUAAUUAUUGAUUAGAUUCUUCUCCUCAAACAUUUACAGGUUUUGUUGCAGCUGAUCAGUUGUUCUUCAGGCCAGGUCCUUUGCAUCAGAAAAUCUGUAUUGAUGGAUUAAUUUUCCACAAUCUGUUACUUAUAAGCAUAUGUUGAGUGUCUUAUCUUUAUUAGUUAUCUUGAACCUCUCUACUAGUCUAGCUUCUUUCAUAAAUGUAGAGUCAUGAAGCAAGACAGAACAAAUCUUUAUGUACAAUUUGUAUAGUUCAAUGAUACACCAACUUUAAGCAAGAAAA